GACAAUGUCCUCCACACGAGUCUCGUUCGGCUCGCGUGCUGGCGGAGGCUCGGAUUAUCCAGGCGUCGGACAAGAAGUGUUCGUCAGACCCACCUCCCACUACGGCAGCUUCGACUCCCUCGUCGAUCUCUCCAACGCCCUCCGAAACGAAUGUGCCGACGCCGCUCUCAGCGAUGCUCCCGCAUGCACGACCAGCGAACUCUCCCUCAGCGGCAAUGCGAUCGUGCCGCUCAUUCGACCCGGAGUCGGACCUUACUCUGACGGCGGGGAGCAGGACUUGCCCGCGGAAUUCAAGACGAGCUAUACGGUUCCGAAUACAGACGGAAGCCCUGCUUCUAACGAUAUUGCAUAUCCGCAGGCUCCGAUAUCUGCAAUCGUCAACGUCGCCUCGCCAAAGGAGCGUGCCAUCGUCCAGCGCGCCGCCUCGCGAGGUAUAAUCCAAGCCCUCGAAGCCAUCGACGGAUUCCGGUACAGCUUCAACAACGCCUGGGCGGCCAAGGAUGAAGAAGGGUCACGAUUCUCGUACAUCUGUCAGGACAGCAUGCAGAACAAAGAUCGGCACGCAAAUGGAUACCAGCGCACGGCGAAGCACUUGAAGGGUGGAGAAUUCAGUCGUGGUCCACGCAAACCGACAUAUGAUUGCAAGGGCAGUGUGAGCGUCAAGUUCAGCACGGCGAGGCAGAGGGUGGAUGUAUACUAUCGACACUAUGCGAUUCAUUCGACGGUCGCGGAGAGAAAGCCUCCGGAACGGCCGCCGCCUGGGUCAAGGAGGCUGUAUAAUAGUCGUGCCCCGGCUGUGAGUGCUGAGGCGCACGGGUUUGAGAAUCCAGGUACGUUCUCGUUAGGCAACAUAUCACUACCGGUCGUUGCUUAUUCGAAGUUUUAUGCAGAAAUGUACGACCAGCCCAUGUACGGAGAUGCUCCACCUUCCGGCUCCAACAUUGAACGUCCAUUGAAACGGAAGCGCGGUCAACCAAAGUCUUCAACACCCAUCGCUUCAACAGCUAAACCCCUCUCCCUUGCCGACAUCCUCCGCCAAUCCUCAUCUGCCAACGUCUCUGAUGAUAAGUCCCCUCCUUUCCCGACCAGCUCCAACGCCACGCCUCAACAAUCUCAAAACACCAAUCCACCUCCCGUCAACUACGAACUUCCGUCCUGGCAAGUCCCACCUCCAGUUCCUAUCAAUCGACAGACGCCAGGAGGCGGCCUCCCAUAUCCUUCACCAUAUCCACCUCCAUACACACCGACGCACGCUCGACCAGCGCAAGCUCGACCAACAAAACCAGCACCAGCGCCGAAAGCAGGACAACCUGUCGCCUCUCAUCCCAAGGGUCAGGGCCUCUUUGCGACACUGAAACCAAUAGAAAGGAAUGGCGCGACGAUGAGCCUACCAGGCCAACUCUACACGCCACCUGUCUACGGUACAGGUGUAAUGGGUCAGAACGGCGGUUUCAAAUUCGUCAAUCCCGGUGCGAACGGGGCGAGAGCAAAAGUCAGCUGCAUGGCCUGCAGAGCAGGAAAGAAGAAAUGCGACGAAGGGCAGCCUUGUACGGCGUGUAUCAAGUCGGGACUGCUGACACGGGAUUGCGUCUACGAGGGACGUGUGACCAGCACGUUCACCAGCAGAUCUGCUAAAACUCAGGACUCGAAUUCGAAUUCGAAUUCGCCUUCGCUGUCCCAGUGGACUGCGCCGGAGACGUCGCAAUCGAUGGCAUCGGCUUUGGCUGCGCCUGUUGUGGAACCCCGUCCUCCGAACAAUUCGAUCGCGCCAUCGCCAGACCCAAACAUCACGUGGCGCAAUCCUCUCGGUGCUCCGAGUAUGACUGUUCUUCCUGACGGUGAUGGUCUGACACCUAGGGAAAGGGCGGCGAAGGCGAGGGAGAAGGAGGUGCAGGCACAGAGAGAGACAGGCGAAAGCGCUGCGAGGAUGCAGAAUAGUGCAACAAGGGAGGAAAGUCCGGAUCCGUGGUUCCCAAGGCGGUGA